AUGGGGAAAAGGCGAAAGGGUGAUGUGUUUUGCGAUGAGAUGUGGAAAAGGCAAAAGGUUGAUGUGGUGCUGUUAGUUACAAAAGAUCUUCUCUUCGAAAUACUCAUAUUGCUUUCUGUGAAAACUUUACUGAGAUUAAGGUGCGUUUCGAAGCUCUGGUGCUCCAUAAUUGACGAUCCACUUUUCGUUCAAAAACACCAUAUUCGAUCCCAUACUCGUCCCGGAGGUCUCAACCUCCUUCUUCAACUUGGGUCUAGUAAUCCAGAGGGAGGCCCGACCUCUUUCCUUCUACCACUACCCCGUACAGUGGAUUUGUAUAUUCCGUUUCAAUCCAUUAAUGGCUUGGUCUGUAUCAAUAACCGCAUAUACAAUCCUAGCACCAGACAAAUCAAAGCUCUUCCACCUAUAAGAACCAGUGUACCUUAUCGUGUUGAAAAAUACUUGUUAGGAUUGGACCCUUCCACCAAUAAAUACAAGGUUCUCGCCAUAUGCGGAUUUUUGCCUAAUCUUAUUAGUGAAGAUUCUCAAGUUGAGUUAAAGAUUGAGUUCAAGAUUCUGACGCUCGGCACUAACUUGUGGAGAGAGAUUGAUACUUUUGAGCUUCAAUUAGGCCUGCCCCGAAUUCUGAAUACGGAUUAUUCCAGGGCUUAUUGCAUUACUGAUGUUAUAUAUAUUAUAUCUAAGCAUGACUCGAAGGACAUGAUAAUAGCUUUCGAAGUAGGAUGCGAGAAGUUUCAGAUCAUUCGAUUUCCUGCUUUAAUAGAUCAUAAGAUGUCAGCAAUUUGGAUACUGGAAGACCACAAGAAGCAACUAUGGAAUAGGAAGAGCCUACUACUUCCAAGUCGUGGCGGUUUUAUACCGGAUGGUACCAUUUAUACGGGUGAUAUUGUAUUUCGAUCUCAAACAUCAAAAUUGUUUUAUUAUAAUGUGGAAAGGAAAACAUUGAGGAGUGCUCCGUAUUGGUCAACCUUACCCUGUGAUACAAGACGCAUCACCAAGCAUGUGGAGUGUUUAUAUCCGUUGAAAGAGAUGUAA